AUGGCCACUUCUUCAACCGGCACUCUCACAAGCACAAGCCAGACGAGUACCACCACCCUGACAUCCACCUCUGUAACGAGCACAGCCCGGACAGGCAGCACAGUAACGUCCACUAGCCACACAAGCACCCUUUCCCUAACAACCAUGUUCACGACCACACUCGCCCGUACACUCCUAAGCACAAGCCAGACGAGCACCACCACCUCGGUAAGCGCAAUCAUCAUUCCCAGUGCAACUUCUUCGACGUCGCAUACAAUCACUACCGUCGCCGCCACCAGCACAGCCGCUUCUUCGCUCAGCACUCUCACGAGCGCAAGCCAGACGAGCACCACCACCCUGACAUCCACCUCUGCAACGAGCACAAGCCAGACGAGCACCACCACCCCGACGAACACGACGAUCACAGCCACCAGCACGGCCGCUUCUUCAACCAGCACUCUCACAAGCGCAAGCCAGACGAGUACCACCACCCUGACAUCCACCUUUGCAACGAGCACAAGCCAGACGAGCACCACCACCCCGACGAACACGACGAUCACCGCCACCAGCACGGCCACUGCUUCAACCAGCACUCUCACAAGCGCAAGCCAGACGAGUACCACCACCCUGACAUCCACCUCUGCAACGAUCACAAGCCAGACGAGCACCACCACCCCGACGAACACGACGAUCACCGCCACCAGCACGGCCACUUCUUCAACCAGCACUCUCACAAGCGCCAGCCAGACGAGUACUACCACCUUGACAUCCACCUCUGCAACGAUCACAAGCCAGACGAGCACCACCACCCUGACGAACACGACGAUUACCGCCACCAGCUCGGCCACCUCCACGACUACCCGCUCACUCACGAGCGCAAGCCAGUCGAGCACCACCAGCCUGACGAGCACAACCAGCACUUCCAGCACAGCUUCCUCGACGACACAGACAACCACUACGACCCCGCUUUAUUCCUUGAGCAGCUCUUUGUCUUUCGACAGCACAGGCACGGCAACUCAGGUGGAAGCUGCUGUGGUCGCAGUUUUGACUGCAACAUAUUCAGUGGCCGAGGACAUUAUGACUGUGACUGUCACGGCGGGUACUUCGCCCAUCGUGACCCGAGAGCUCGCAGGCUCAACCACCAGCUGGCAGGUAGAUUUUAUGAUUGUUGCAGAUGAGGGCACUGUCGACCAGGUGUACGCAGUCGCUGUCAAGAUGUCUGCAAACAGUACAAACUCCAGUGCCCUCGAACGCUUUGGGUCGGAUCUGGGCAGCGCCUUGGAAAGUUUGAACGUGACGCUAAAUUCGACAACCCUGGCGUACACAGACCCAGUUAAACUGAUAAUUACCGCCACCGUGACAACAGUAAGCACGAGCACUACCCAGACGAGUACAUUCACCAGAACACUUACAAGCGUAAGCCAGACGAGCAGUGUCACCUCAACCACCGGCACAUUUACAAGCAUAAGCCAGACGAGCAGUUUCACCCUGACCACCACCGCUCAUACCAGCACGGCCACCUCAACCACCAGCGCAUCUACAAGCGUAAGCCAGACGAGCAGUUCCACCCUGACCACCACCGCUCAUACCAUCACGGCCACCUCAGGCACCAGAACUCUCACGAGCACAACCUCUGAAACGGGCACAACGCAUAGCACCACCCUGACGAGCGCAUCCGAGACCAGCUCAACACCGAGCAGCACCUUGACGAGCGCAUCCGAGACCAGUAUCACAGGGAGCAGCACCCUGACGAGUGUAUCCGAGACCAGCACCACAGGCAGCAGCACCCUGACGAGUGUUUCCGAGAGCAACACCACAAGCAGCAGCACCUUGACGAGUGCAUCCGAGACCAGCACGACACAGAGCAGCAGUGUCAGUUCUGGGUCUUCGACUUGGACCACGAGAAGCAGAACCACUUCGACCACCAUGAGUACUACCGAAAGCAGCAACACUCCGACCACUGUGAGCACUGCGAGCAUUCGGGCGCCCCCUCAAAUAAUUGGGUCGAUCGGCUUGCUGUUCGUGGAUCCGGAGGCGGUCCGGAACGGCCCAGAUGCAUUGAAGGUGUUGAACUCAAUUGGCGCUACGAUCGCUCAGGUGGUGGGCACGUCCGCGAGUUACGUCAGCACCUGGUUUGCGCAGUCUCGAAGGCUCCGGGCCCCUACGCGCGGGCUCUCCAGCGGCAGCCUUGUGGUGGAGUACAGCGUAUCUGUGCCAGCGGAUGCUCCGGCCGACAUCCCGGAUCUUGCCGCCAUGCAGGCGUCCUUGGACAGUGUGGAUAUCAGCUCUUUCACGUCUUUGUUGCAAGCGAACAUCGACGUGGAGGUCGGGGACGGAGUGUACGAGGUCGCCGUGACGGGAAUCACGGCAAUCGCCAUCAACGUGCCGAGCGUCACCUUGCCAGAGGAUACAAUCGACGCUGGUCUCGAGGACGAGGCCAAUUCGAUUAUUGUCGGCAUCGUCAUUUCAGGUGUGGUUUUUAUCGGGUGCGGGUCUUUGCUUCUGUUGCGAGGCUGGCGCUCCCAUCGUCGGCAAGCGGGGGAUCAUGUCAGGGACGCGGAGGUCCCGGGGAUCCCGGUGGGCCCGUUGGGCGCCGCCGGGUCGGCGGCCAGCGCCAGGUCCGAGAAGCUCUCCGUCCGCUUCGAGGGCGACAAGCCGCCCGAGGGCGACCCCAGCUCGGCGAACGCGGGCUCGGCCAGCGCUGGAGCACAGGCCGCGGCUGCGAGGCCGCCCGCUGGCGUGGGCCCCCGCCCACGCCAGCGCUCGCCCAAGCCGCGCUCGCCCACGCCGCGCCCGAAGAAGCGCGGCAAGGCCCAGCAGGUGGCCGACGCCGGCGAGGCCGCGGCGGGCCCGGGCGGCGCCGCCAGGCAGCCUUCGCAGCGCGCGCUGGUCGAGGACCCGGAUGAGAUGCCGUUCGUGCAAGCCUCCAAGUGGAUCGUGGUGCCUCAGCUGGGCCGGCUCUUCUCGGCGGCGGCGCCCGACUGCGACGACUCGGAGGGGUUCGUCGACGACAGCGACUCCCUGGACGACCAGUGCUCCAUUGUGUCCGUGGACCUCGGGCACCCCGCGGACGAGGACCGCUCCGUGGUCUCCGUGGGCGGCAGCCGCUCCGUGGUCUCCGUGGGCGCCCCGUCGCUCGACGGCGCGUGCCCCGCGGCGCACGCCGGCAGGCGGAUCUUCGGGCUGGACCCCUAA